UAUUUUAUUCUCCUCCUUUCCCAUCCUUUUCAUCUAUUUUCCAUCCAAUUUUUCCUACCAGACUAUCAAUCUACAGCCUUAAUACCCGUUUUCCCACCCAAAACCAAGCCCAGCCUUACCCCAAGCCCCAAAAAUGACAUCUCGAAAGAGGAAGCAAGACGAGGAGGAAGAAGAACUCGUUGCUCUUCCCAGUGACGAGAGCGAAGAGGAAGAGGAGUACAUCUCGGAAGGCGAAGAGGACGAUGAUGUCGAUGACGCCGAAGAGGAUGAGGAGGAAUAUGAUGAAGGGGAUGAACCCGCAGAGGAGGAGAAUGGUGUAAAGGUUCCGGCACCGGUUCAAGCUCCUCCCAAGAAGAAGCAGAAGACGACGGACGCUCCACUCGAGACCACUGCUCCCAUCGCCAAGAACGGCGAAGAGGAAGGUGAAGGUGAAGACGAGGAAGAGAACGGCGAGAAUGGCGUCGACGUACCUAAGAAGCUGGGUGCCAACGUCGACGACUUCUCCGUCAAGGGCAAAACCCAAGUGGCAAAAGAAGUUGCUGCUAACGGUGAAGAGGCUGAGGAUUGAGCUUCUCGUAUCCUUAAUACCUUGAGAGUCGUAACACUCAGCACAUCUGACCUCCUUGAUCCCCCAAUUAGAUCAAGUAGUGAUUGAGGGUCGUCUCAUCGCUGUCCUCCGAGGAACUCGACUCUUCAUCUCUGUACUCCAACAUUUCAUGUUCUAGACCCUCUCUUUCCCACGUUUUCCAAGCUAGUCAUUUUCCUCAUCCACGGCAAUAGAUGA